GUCGGUUAUUGGAUCGUGGUUUAGGGCGCCGCUGCCGCACCUCCGCCGAUUGCCACCGUCGGUUACAACGCACGCCGUUGAGGGUGCCUCUCCUCUCCUUCCCUACCGACGCCGAUGAGUCGUUUUCUCGUUCAGUUCUUUCAUUUUCACCGAAGGCUCUCUUUGUUAACCAUCUCGUCCAAGGUUGUUGUAAGUGUCGAUCGCACUGGAUUAACCAGUGCAGUAGCCAGCGCGAAGUAUGGCGUUCCACCCCAGCGUCAUAUUUCCAGUAGAAUUCAACCGAGUGACCUGUGGGAAGGUUCCUCUUAUGAAAUUUUGUUGAGGAAAUUCGAGUUUUCUCUGCAAGAUGAUUCCUUGGAUGAAGCGUGGGAAGCAUUUAGCAAUUUCAAAAGGCUGCAUGGAUACCCUGAACAUCAACUGGUGAGCAAACUGAUUGCUUCUCUUUCUUAUUCAACGAGCUCUGAUUGGAUUCGGAAAGCUUAUGAUUUGGCAGUGAUGAUUUCGAAGGAAAAACCUGAUCUUGUUCGCUUUGAAUCCUUUUCCAGACUGUCUCUUUCUUUAGCAAGAUAUCAGAUGCCAAUUCCUGCCUCCACAAUCCUCCGGAUCAUGUUGGAACGAGGAAAAUUUGUUCCAAAAGAUAUAUUAACCACCUUUUUUUUACACCUAGUGAAGUCUCAAAUUGGGUCCUAUCUUGCAAUGGAUCUCUUAAUUGAAAUCUGCGAGUAUUUUUUGAAUCGUGGCUUAUACUCGAGGAAUGCUGUUAAGAUCAACCUAACCAAGCCUUCUAUUCUCAUUUUCAACCUAGUUCUCAAUUCAUGUGUAAGGUUUACUUGUUUGAUUAAAGCAGGACAAAUAAUAGAAAUGAUGGCAAGAGUUGGAGCUAUUGCCGAUUCAAAUUCCAUUUUGACAAUCUCACAGAUCCAUGAGAUGAUGGGAGAGCGUGUUGAUUUGCAAAAUUUCAAAGUGCAUAUUGAUGGUAUCACUUCGGCAUCAAUGAAUAAUCAAUAUUGUCAUUUUUAUGACUGCCUUUUGAGCUUGCAUUUCAUGUACAAUGAUUUGGAUGCUGCUGUGGAGCUUAUGUUAGAUCUUUUCCAAAGAAGGAAAUCUCAACAUUCGUCUACUAGGGGAUCACUUGCAGAGUCUAAUGCAUCACAAGGAAAAUGCUAUUUUCAUAUUGGAUCAAGCAACCUAGGGAUGGGAAAUAGAAUUACAGUUGCUCCAAAGAACUUGGAGGAUGGUUUUUUGGUUGCUGCCCAAAGGCACUUGGGAUUUAUUCACUUUAUGGACGGUAAACUUGUGCCCACCUACAAAUUUCUUGCAAAGCUUACAAAUGUUUGUGUGAAAGAAAGAAAGGUUGAUAAGCUAUCUAAUUUCUUGAUUAACAUGGAUAAGGAUAUUGAUCCAGGAGGUCCUAAUUUAUGUUCAGAUGUUUUGCAUGCGUGCAUUAUGUUAGGUUGGUUGGACACUGCCCACGACAUUUUGGAUGAUUUGGAAUUAGCUAAGGUGUCCAUUGAAGCCAGUUCUUAUUUAGCACUUUUGAAUGCAUAUUCUAAGAAAAAUAUGUACAAGGAAUCGAGAAUUCUAGUAAAGCAAAUGAAGAAAUCAGGUUUAGUCUUUAGUAUAUCCGAUGAAUACAAGUGUGCUUUGGGAUAUGCAUCCUUCCCUAUUUCAGAUAUAAAAGCAUCAAAUUCAUUGGAAAAAUCAGAGCUGGUCCAGAGUCUUGAACUAGAAAACAAGAAAUAUAAACUGGAAAGUGAAUUAAUUUAUGAGUUUAAUAGUUCAAUUUUAUUCUUUUGCAGAGCUAAAAUGAUGGAAGAUGCUCUAAAGACUUUAAAACGGAUGAGAGAAAAAAAUGUCCAACCAACAGUUCUUACCUUCAGUUACCUCGUCAAUGGUUAUUCAUCUUUAGAAAUGUAUCGUGAGAUUAUAAUCUUGUGGGGAGACAUAAGGAGGCAGAUGGAAUGUGGAGCUUUGUCUGCAAAUAGAGACUUGUUUGACUGCUUACUCUGGAAUUUUCUAAAAGGGGGUUAUUUUGCAAGAUCAAUGGAAAUUGUUGAUUACAUGUUUAAGAACAAUGUUUAUGUGGAUAAAUGGAAGUACAGAAUGGAGUUUCUGAAGCACCACAAAAAUCUUUACCAAAGUUUAAAAGAAUCGUCUUGCAGAACAGAUACUCAGAGUAGGAGGCUUCAACAUGUUAAAGCAUUUAGGAAAUGGGCUGGUAUUGACCAAUAGUUUAAAGACUUAAUUCAGAUGCCCUGCCCUUUGUGCUUAGGAAUUACAUGACAAUUGCCACGACAAUAAAGUGUUGUUAAAUGAAGGUUAAAAAUCAGAGCACUAUUGUUUGGCUUGGAACUUUUUAUUGCUCCUCUGUUGUAGAAACUGUUGUUGGAUCAUGGUUUUUCUUGCGACUGCUUUGAACUGAAAUGAAUUAGAUUUUAAUUUCCUGCUACCACAUAUACUGGAUAACAUCCAUUUUACUAGCUGUCAAACAGGCUGUAGUCAUUUUCUAUGUUAAUUAGAUGUUUUUACCAAGGGAUGCAGGUGCUUAUUCUUGUGCAACAAAUCUGAAGCUCAUGGUCAAAGGGUGUAGUUGAUAUAGGUUUUGGGGCUGCUUCUCUUUUGUUAUUGAACUGUUUUCUGGUGUCCAGCCACCAGAUAAAUGGAAAGUAAGGUUAAGUGCUAUUCACACCUACUCUAGUCAUCCGCCACUUCUCCUCAUGAUCUUAACAACUUAUAGAAGGGAUUGCUUAAGAUAAACUAUAUCAAAUAAUGUGAUGCUUGUCGAGAAGGCAAACAAACCAAGUGCUCUCACAAAGGUGUUUGGGAUAUAAAAAAGCUUAUGAAAGAAGUAUGGCUGUUAUUUGAGGUUGUACUGUGUUAGCAAAGUUGUUUUUAUGAGAAUCCAGGUGCUAAAAUCAAGUGUGGUGCUACUCAAGUAUCUCAUGAGAAGCACUAGGUGAGUGCUAGCUUGGUGGCUGCCUCCCUAAAACCUACCUUUGCAAGGUUUUACUCAUGCCACUUGGGCUAACUAUCUAAGCUGCACAGCCAAAAGCGACCAUUCUCAUUCUCGUUUAUCUUCUAUUUUUCAUAUGAUUAUAUAAUGUAAUGAAUAUUUCUGAAGAAAGUGGUGUUGUAUCGAUUCAAAGCAUAGUUUCUAGCAUCAUGACACACCUUUCCUUCUCUCUAUUUUAUUUCUCUUGUUUUUUCGUUCUCUUCUCUACUUUCUUAUGCUCUCUUUCUCAUCCUUUCUAAUUCUUAUUACUUUAAUAAGUUAAUCGAUUAGCUAAGGAUGAAAUAAUUUUAUAUAGUACCUCAUAUACCAUAACAAAAGUUUAGUACAGGUGAUAAUGUUUUUUUUGUCUUUUAGUAAUAUAGUAGAAAAUAGUAAAUAUUAUUCUUAUUACUAUGAAAUUUCUCUUGGGUUUAUAAUUUUAGCACCUUAUUUAGCGAUAACUUUACUCUUGAUAUGAAGGGAAUAAAGCUUUAUAGUUUUUUUUUUAUGGUGCCAGCAUUGCUACCUUUGAUGGAUAAGUGUUGGACGUCAGCAAAUGAUAGAUCUUGCUAUCUUUUGUGAUGACUAAGUUUAAUCUUACAUUGGAAGAUGACUAAUUGAGAAUUUAAUAAAUUAAGUGAUUCUAAUAUGGUAUCACAAGUCUAAAAAUUUGGCUACACUGCAUGAAUAGACAAUUUUCUUUUUUUGGUGGAGUGUUGACAAAUGGUAGCAUCACAAUCAUUGUUCCAAGCCCUAAUUAGAUGA